AUGUUCGCGGAGAUUGAGGCGGAGCUUGCUGCUAUUCCGGAAGAUGACCCAGACAGCGGAGUGGGCAUACACCAGGAUGAGCUGGUGGGUGAAGACUCUCAAGUAUGUGAAGGGGCCCGACACGCUGAGCUCAGUGUUGAAGAACUGCGCUCGCGGACGCUCGCCUGGGCGACAAAGCCCGGCUGCUUGUGCUCGUGCGGGGACAGGGAGCGACCCUGCUUCAAUGUUGACGACCCUGUGGAUGUGAAAUGGGCAAUGGGUUUUCGGCGCUUAUCCGAGCAAGACCGAACAGCAGCGGUCCGUGCAAUGCUGUGGGCCCUUUCAUCUCCGUCGGGGAUCAAUAAUGACCUCAGUCGCCGUUCUGGUCCCGCCAAGAAGCGCAAGGGUGACCUACCAGUCGCCGACACAUCCCAAUCAGAUCGAGCUGGGCGCACCACUACAGUCUACGCUAUACGUGGGCGGCGAGUGUGCCUUGGUGGCUUUACUGCGUUCACACAAGCAGGGCCAGGGCAUCAACGACUACAUACCCAAAUCGCACUGGCGUUUCUGGCACGCUACGCUGAAGAACACGCAGCCUACUGUCCAUCGGGUGCCGGCCGUGAACGCGAUCAACCAAUACAGAUUCUGCCAACUAGCACAACGAAACUCCAAGUCUAUCAAGCCUAUGAAGCCAAAUACUCGGUUCUUGCCGCGACCUUGAGCGCCAAAAUUCAGGCAUCAACACCAGAUGCCGUGCAGCCCUCUGACGCUCCCCUCUCCCGUGCUGCCUUUCUUCGAGUUUGGCAAGCACACCUCCCAACACUUCGAAUUCGCAAGUCUGGCUCUGAUUUUUGCGAUGAGUGUGGGCGCCUCAAGGCCCUCCUCAGUCAAUCUCCAAGCAUUGCGGAGACCCUUGCCGCUCAUAGAGCGAGAGCACUUGUGGAGCGCACUAUCUACCAGCAGACCCGUAGGCAAGCUGAGGCAUCAGGAGCUCCGAUUCUGCACCUCACCUUCGACUUUGCUGAGAAAGUUUUGCUGCCACGAGUUCUCGAUCAGCCAGGCAAGAUGUACUUUGCGUCUGGACUCAAGGUUGACCUGUUUGGCGUGGCCAUCAGCAACACGAAGCAGCAGUUUAACUACGUGCUUGUUGAAGGCCACUGGCCGAUGGGAAAAGAUGCCAAUCGUGUCUGUUCCAUGUUACACGAUGCCCUUGCCGACCCACGCUUGGCUUCUCUACCACAAGCUCGAUAUCUUGAGCUGCAUGCCGACAAUUGUGCAGGUCAGAACAAGAACCGCUUCGUGAUGCAGUAUCUCGCCUGGCGUAUCAUGGUUGGCUUGAGCGAGACCAUCAAUCUACAUUUCAUGGUUCUGGGGCACACCAAGAAUCACUGUGAUGCCUAUUUUGGUCUGAUCAAACGCAAGUUGCGGAGACGAGACGUGUGGACCCCAAGAGACAUGAUGGAUGUCGUCAGUGCCAGUUGCCCAGCUUCUAUCUGCAAGCCGGGAAAUCGAGUGGAAUGGAUCGACUGGAAAGCCAUUCUUGGCCAAUACUUUCUUGACAAGGGCAUUCCAGACAUCUCGCUCAUGUCGCACUUUGAGUUCAGCGCCAGCUGGCCCGGACAAGUUGCGAUCCGGUGCACACCUGAUUCAGCUGAACAGCGGAUUCAUCUAUUGCGACCUGGUGUGACAAUGGAUCAGGUGGCAGCUCGCGCAGUAGAAGACCUGGCGGGUAUGAAGCUCGCGAUUCCCUCGCUCAGCUCCCUGCGUGCCACCAGCAAGCUGAACAGGCAUGAGUAUCUCACCGCAGUCGUUUCACAGUUUCCUGGGCAACUGGGACAACAGACGCCAGACUUCUUUGGUAAUGGCGAUCCAGAGACAACGGCCCCUUCCAGCUAG